UCCUGCCAGUUGUAGGCGCUGUUCCAAGCAAGCUGCAAAAACACAAAUCGAUUGUUUAUUUUGUGUUUGUUUACAUUUUCCAAUCGAACAAAUGGCUUCGACUUUGCUAUCGCCUAUGGUGGAUUAUUACAAUGAUGAAGAAGAACUUGAUAGCGUGGAUGACGACGAUGAUCGGAGUUUCAGGGGGAGAGACUCAGAAGAAGACACAGAGGAUGCCAGUGAAACAGACCUUGCCAAGCAUGAUGAGGAUGACUAUGUGGAAAUCAAAGAGCAAAUGUACCAAGACAAACUGGCCUCCCUGAAAAGACAGCUGCAGCAGUUACAAGAAGGUACUCUGCAGGAAUAUCAGAAGAGGAUGAAGAAGCUGGAUCAGCAGUACAAAGAGAGGCUCCGAAAUGCAGAUUUAUUUCUGCAACUUGAGACAGAGCAGGUGGAGAGGAACUACAUCAAGGAGAAGAAGGCAGCGGUGAAGGAGUUUGACGACAAGAAGGUGGAACUAAAGGAAAACCUAAUUGCAGAGCUGGAAGAGAAGAAGAAGAUGAUUGAGAAUGAAAAAUUAACAAUGGAGCUGACAGGAGACUCAAUGGAGGUUAAACCAAUCAUGACUCGGAAGCUGAGAAGACGGCCCAAUGAUCCAGUCCCAAUACCAGACAAACGAAGAAAACCUGCACCAGCUCAGCUAAAUUAUUUGUUAACAGACGAACAGAUAAUGGAAGAUCUAAGAACACUUAAUAAGCUUAAAUCACCGAAACGGCCAGUGUCUCCCUCGUCCCCAGAGCACGUCCCCUCGGCUCCCAUGGAGAACCCUUCCCAGCGUUACGAGGCCCGCAUCGAGGAGGGGAAACUUUACUACGACAAAAGAUGGUACCACAAGAGCCAGGCCAUCUACUUGGAAUCAAAGGACAAUACAAAGAUUAGCUGUGUCAUCAGUUCAGUGGGGACCAAUGAGAUUUGGGUGAGGAAGACAAGCGACAGUACGAAGAUGAGGAUCUACCUGGGACAGCUGCAGAGAGGAGCAUUUGUCAUCCGUCGACGGUCGGCUGCAUGAAACAUCACCCCCCACCCCCACCCCCAUAUGUUCAUUUAUCCAUUCGUCCACCCACUCGUUCAUCCACCGUUUCCCUAUUUGGCAAAUCUCAGUUAAGUUUGACAUGUGGCCUCUUUAUCAUUUACACUACCCCCCUCCCCAAUGACACAACCAUAUACACACACACACACACACACACACACACACACACCUCUUCCAUGGCCAAUGAUAUUUCAUCAUAUUGUAUGUUUUCCUCACAUAAACCAAAUGCUAGUACAGUAAAAGUGGUCAUAUACACAACUGACUGUUUUGCAGCAUUAUCUGUCACUAUGUGGCAUGUGUAUGAAGGCCGUUAGUGGUCAUAAAGUCAUAAAGGAGGCUACUUUGAUUGCUGUCUCAUGCUGUCAACACAAAUUUUUUCUACACCAUGCAGUCUUAUUUACAUUUAUCAUUAAGUUAUUUUUCCUGAGCAGCCUCGUGUUGACCCACAGGAACCGUCUUCAAGCCUUUCAAACUGUCGCACUGGAAAACCUUACCGACAGGAUUUGUGGUAUUAUUUCUACAAAAAGACACUGAUUAGGCCUGAAUCUGUCUAAUAAAGCUGCAUCUGUUCCUUAUUGUCAUGCCAUUUUCAAAACAUUAUGUCCUUUACACUGUCAUGAAGACAUGGAGGCUUGCUAUGCUCAUUUGAAAAAAAAAAAUAUUUUGAAGAUUUUAUGUUGAUAUUUUUUAUGUCCUUUUGUCAUCCUCUCCAUAUGUGAACGAUCUGGAUUAGUUCAGCUUUGUUUUGCAUGUGGAGCAUUAAGUUGACUAUUGAUUUGUACUGUGUUCCAUUUUAUUAAAAUGUUUUCUGCCUUUUAUCUA